GUUUAUUCCGCAGAAGUUGUGAGGCGCUGCGGGCGUGGCAGUGGCAGUGGCAGUGCGGAGCUGGGGCUCGGAGGGUCGGUCGGUUUAGUUGAUUUGGAGUACGUAUGGAUUACGAUGCCGCGGGUUUAGCGGAAAAGAGGAAAGAGGGAAAGCGAAAGAGGACACGGCGCUCGGCUCGGGUGGCACCAGUCCGCUCCAGCGGUUCCUCCGUUUAGACUGAACUGAUCUGGCGGGUGUUCAGCGUCAGGUCGGUGCCCGUUUGAGCCCCAGCGUGCGCGUCUGUGUGCGAGAGAGAGACGUUAUACCCGCCCUCCGACAUCUGGAUGUGGCUGUCAGUGGAUUCGUGACGGGGCUUUUGUUGAUAAAGCCUGUCUAUCGAUCUGGCUUGCGGCAACUUUCAGGCUCACUGCUGGCCGGAGAACUCGCUCUGCUGCUGCCCUGCUGCGGGAUUUCUAACGCCAGUCGGCUGAUGGAGCCGAAACUUUUUUAAAAAUCGCACAUUUUCCCGUCAUUAUCACAUCCUUGCCGCUCUUUGGUCUCCGCCACCGGUUUGCUGUGUACAUAAAUCAGCGCUCGAGCGGCUCGCUUUCCCGCCUCCUCAGAGCUGAGUGCUCGAGACACCGCGCGCGCGCGUGUCCGUUUUUUUUGCCCGUUUUUUGCUGUUUUUUUUCCCUGUAUCUUGUUUUAUUACUCGGGAGCUCCUCUUCCUCGCGAACCAUGGGCUGUACGGUGAGCGCCGAGGACAAGGCGGCCGCCGAAAGGUCGAAAAUGAUCGACAAAAACCUCCGUGAAGACGGCGAGAAGGCGGCGAGGGAGGUGAAGCUGCUCCUGCUCGGUGCGGGCGAGUCUGGGAAGAGCACCAUUGUGAAGCAGAUGAAGAUCAUCCACGAGGAUGGCUACUCAGAAGACGAGUGUAAGCAGUACAGAGCCGUGGUCUACAGCAACACCAUCCAGUCCAUCAUGGCCAUCAUCAAAGCCAUGAGUAGCCUCAAGAUCGACUAUGGAGAUACAGCGAGAGCGGAUGACGCACGGCAGCUCUUUGCACUGUCUGCCGCAGCAGAAGAGCAGGGAAUCCUCCCAGACGACUUGGCCAAUGUGAUCCGCAGACUGUGGGCCGACAGCGGGGUACAAAACUGCUUCAGCCGCUCCCGAGAGUACCAGCUCAAUGACUCUGCAGCCUAUUAUCUGAAUGAUCUGGAGAGGAUAGCACGAGCAGACUACAUUCCCACCCAGCAGGACGUGUUGAGGACCAGAGUGAAAACCACCGGCAUCGUCGAGACACACUUCACUUUUAAGGACCUGCACUUCAAGAUGUUCGAUGUUGGAGGCCAGCGGUCAGAAAGGAAGAAGUGGAUCCACUGCUUCGAGGGGGUGACGGCCAUCAUCUUCUGCGUGGCCCUCAGCGCUUACGACCUGGUGCUGGCUGAGGAUGAGGAGAUGAACCGCAUGCAUGAGAGUAUGAAGCUCUUUGACUCCAUCUGCAACAAUAAAUGGUUUACGGAGACCUCCAUCAUCCUCUUCCUCAAUAAGAAGGACCUGUUUGAGGAGAAGAUCCCACUCAGUCCUCUCACCAUCUGCUUCCCUGAGUACUCAGGAGCCAACAAAUACGACGAAGCGGCAAGCUACAUCCAGACUAAAUUUGAGGACCUGAACAAGAAGAAGGACACAAAGGAGAUCUACACUCAUUUCACCUGCGCCACCGACACCAAGAACGUGCAGUUUGUGUUUGACGCAGUCACUGACGUCAUCAUCAAAAACAACCUAAAGGACUGUGGGCUUUUCUGAAGGCGUCACCAAGGACGAUGCCAAGGAGAAGCUCGGCUGGGUGGUGCAUCUGCACUUGCAUCGGUGAGCACAAUGCCAGACUGCCUACAUACAUCUAGGAAAACCCUGAAUUUUUAUGUGAUACUGCGGGGGAAAAAGGACCGAGAUAUACAAAAAAAACGAAGAAGAAAAAAAAUUGCAAAAUCCCAAGUCACUGAAUUCCAAAACACCUUCUCCUGCACCUAAUUUUUAUUAUUUUUUUGUAAAUAUUUUCAUUUUGAGGAGCUAUUUUCUUUAGAUUAAAAAACAAAAAAAGCAACAAUGAUUUUCAGAUAUGUUUCUCCUGCUCCUUUGACCUCUUUUAGUUUUUGAGUAUGAUGGGACAAAAGAAGGGGAGGGGGGUAAAGCCUUUGAUAUAUAAACUAGUUUCCUUUUCUUUAACAGAUGCGCAAAAUUUUAUUAAACUUAACUGUGUGAUGCUUCUUUUUGUAAAAGCUGCGAGAGCACAGACCGAAAUCCAAACGGCUUUUGCUUUUUUACUUAACACGUGGAUUCCACAUUCCCGGCUCAACUGCAUGAUGGACCACAAAAAAAUCGAAAGGGAAAAAAAGAAGAAGAAAAAAAAAAAAAAGCUUGCUCUGGUUCAGCCUCGGCGCAACACGCCCUCAGCAGUUAGCGCUCUGCUGCAUUUAACGUCUGAAAUCCUAGCUUCACUUUGAUAAACACUGUACAAUUGUGACUAAUAUGUAAGUUGCAUAAACCUGUCUUUCACUGUCCUUUCCUUUCGUGUUCCCGACCCCCGUUCUCUUUCGCUCUCUCUGUUUUGUGCCUUGACUUCCAGUUUUCACAUUGUCUGUAGAGUUUAGCGCUGAUUCAGUUCACAGUAUCAAAAUAAAGAAUUAAAAAGUGAAGAUGGUUGUAGGAGAGGAUAGAGUGGGGGACAGUCUUCUGAUGAAUAUGAAAUGCCAUGAAUGGUUUUAAAAUAAAAUAAAAGUUGAUUCACGAUCGUGAA